CAUUCCGCGCUGGGAGUCUCGGUGGCCGCCGUGUUGCGGCGGUCACCCAGUAUUUUCGCGCUCCUUCCUCUCCUUUUUCUCCUCCUCUGAGCCUCCGUCAGGGGGAACUGCUCUGCUUUCGGUGACUGAAGCUUGAUGGAUGACGACAACCCUUUUCAACAAAGAAUAUUAGAUAAUUCAAAAAUGGCAGAACUCUUCAUGGAAUGUGAAGAAGAAGAGCUGGAACCAUGGCAGAGAAAAGUAGAAGAAACACAGGUUGAAGAUGAUGAUGAUGAGCUUAUCUUUGUUGGAGAAAUAUCAAGUUCAAAACCAGCCAUUUCAAAUAUUUUGAACAGAAGUAACACCAGCUCAACCUCAAAGGCAAUAAAGAGUGAGCCACUUAGUCCAGGAAUUUCUGAUAUAUUCAAACCUACAAGUCAACAUUACAGAGACCCAGCAUCAAAUCCAGUGGCUACCUUGACUAGAUUUCAUCCUGGAUCUAAAUCUUCGCAAAGUUCUUCUAUUGUUCAGAAUAUGUCUAAAUCUGAUUCUUCAAAGAAUUCAUCACAAGAAGAAUCGGAUAAUUCUUCAGUCUCACUGUUUGACUCAUCCCAGGAUACAAUACCACUGUCCACAGGCAUACCAAAAAAUUUUUUGAAAGGGGUAGAUGAAACCUCAUUUGGAUUAAAACGUUCUGCUUCUAAAAUAAACAGUGUUAAUCCAAAAAAGCCAAAGACCAGCGGAAGUAUUUCUGAAAUAAAUCUCUCUUCUUCAUUGUCUUUAAGUAAUUCUUCAGAGGAAUCUUCCCAGGUUAUGGUAUCACCAGGUUCAAAUACCUCAUCUACUGAACAGAAAACUGAAGAGUUUGUCCUAAGAUCUUGUCCAAAGUGUGAUAUUCAGUUAAAUCAUUUGGAACUUUUGAAAUACCACAUGAAGCGUUGUUGUCCAGAUAUGUUAAAUAACUUUAUAGGAACUGUUAAAAUGGAACCCUCAUCUGCUGAAGGCACAACUAAUACUGGUUCGGAGAAAGAAAAAUUGAUCAUGUUAGUUAGUGACUUUUAUUAUGGAAAGCAUGAUGGAUCCUUGGAGGAAGAACCGAAGACUUACACAACCUUUAAAUGUUUCAGUUGCUUGAAAGUUCUUAAAAAUAACAUUAGGUUCAUGAACCACAUGAAACACCACUUGGAACUUGAAAAGCAGAAUAGUGAGAGCUGGGAAAACCACACCACCUGUCAACACUGCUACCGGCAGUAUCCCACGCCCUUCCAGUUGCAGUGCCACAUCGAGAGUACACAUACUCCGCAUGAGUUUUCUACUAUUUGCAAAAUUUGUGAAUUGUCAUUUGAAACAGAGCAUAUUCUUUUACAACAUAUGAAGGACACUCAUAAGCCUGGUGAAAUGCCCUAUAUUUGCCAGGUUUGCCAGUUUAGAUCAUCAACAUUUUCUGAUGUGGAAACUCAUUUUAGAACAUCCCAUGAGAACACUAAGAACUUGCUAUGUCCAUUUUGCCUCAAAGUUAGUAGAAUGGCAACUCCCUACAUGAAUCAUUACAUGAAGCAUCAGAAAAAGGGAAUUCAUCGUUGUUCAAAAUGCAGAUUACAGUUUUUGACCUGCAAGGAAAAAACAGAUCACAAGGCACAACAUCGUACAUUUAUAAAGCCUAAAGAAUUGGAAGGAUUGCCUCCUGGAACAAAAGUUACUAUUCGAGCAUCACUUGGACCACCUCAGUCAAAACCACCAGGUACACCUUCCAAUUCUGCUCCAAGUUCUUCUUCUCUUCAAGUCUUACCUCUUGAAUCAAAAAAUACAACUGCCAAAAAUCUCACAAAAUCUAAGACAACUAAGCCUCAGGCAACUGUGUCCAGUGCAGAUACACCUAAUACAAGUAAACCGAGUGGAGGUACAACUAAAUACAAAGCAAAAUUCUCUUGCAAGCAAAAGAGACAGCGUAACAGAAAAAGUAAACUCAACUUGGCUUUGACAAACUUAAGGUGUCUUCGGGGAAUUUACAAGUGUAUCGAAUGUCGUACCAAAAUAAAGGAUUUUGCAAACCACUUUCCUAUAUUUGCCAACUGUAAUUUUUGCAAAUAUAGCACUAACUGUAACAAAGCCUUUGUAAGUCAUAUGGUAAGCUAUCAUGGCACCCAACCAAAUAAACAAUGUUCAUUAAAGAAGCAGCCAGGACCUUUCAGGGGCAUUACUUUGGUGUGCCUUAAGUGUGAUUUUGUAACUGAUUCUUCUGGCUUAGACCUCAUGGCUAAACACUUAAGUCAACGUAAAACUCAUACUUGCCAAGUUAUAAUAGAGAAUGUUUCCGAAAGUACCUCAACUUCUGAACCCACUUCUCUGACUGCUUGUUGAAAUACAUUCCUGCUCUAUGGAGCUCGUGCAACCUGGUGCAAGACAAGUUGGAAUUUCCUAAGUUCAAAGUUCUGAAGUAUUUUCUUAUACAAAGAUAAUUUCCUAAGUUCAAAGUUCUGAAGUGUUUUCUCACAUGAAGGCAGUUAACAAAGUUCAUGACACUAGCUCUCAUUCAGCUCUUUUCAGCUUUCAGAUGGCACAAAAUUCCUAUUCCACCUUAUCUUUGUGUCAGGUUAACAUAUCUUAACAUGAUUUUUUUUUCCUCCAGUUGGCUUUCUCCAAAAAUAUCUUUUGUUGCUAUGGUCUUUUCUUACUUUGCUUAAAAUAAUUUUUCUCUGCUGUACUCCCUUGCCUUUAGAAUAUUACAUGCCAGAUGAUAUGGCUGUUCAUCUGUUAUUGUCUGUUUUGUUUGCUUUCUUAAUUUCUUAUAAGUCUUAUAGGUCAGAUAGCUGUUUUUUCCAUCAUUCCUUGUCUGUCAUUGUUCUAUUUUUCGUAUUUUUCAGAUGCAGAAGCAACACAGAAAUUUCAAAAAAUGUCCAGUGUACUCCUGGACAGUGUCCCCCUUCGAUGGACACAACUGAUGCCUGUACUCUCUUUCCAAGGAAUGUGAAUUAUUUGACUGUGAGACCUCUUCUAGUUUGUGGCCUUAAGAAAUCAGGUCUUGGGGAGGGCCCCUUCCUAUCUGACUGGCCGCCCUCCCUUAAGACUGAUGCUGAUUUGGCCAAAAAUGACCUCAAAGCCCACCAAAUUGAGCACAACUUCUUUCGGGGGCUUUUGGUUCUUAAGCUAUGGGUUGAUUCUUACCAAGAAAAGCCCAUCAGAUCAGUACUUCAACAACAAAGUUGAAGCUUAGUCAUUUUGGUUGCUGCCCUUUAAUCUCCCCCUAGUAUGCAUGCAGUCUAAAAAGCAUAAAAAUUCUGGCAAUGUAGAAUACCAAGAUUACUUUCAUGUUCUUAGGGUGUUUUGUUUUGUUUGGUUUUUUGCAUUUUUUUUUCUUCUUUGUAUUUUGUGCAGGGUCUCACU